AUGCAAUUUCGCUCGGUCCUUUACCUGCUCAGCCUUUUCGCUCUGUACUCUGUCUCCUCUGCUGCCGCAACACCACCACCCCAAGUCCAGACUUACUUCAAUCUCGACGGUGCCACUCAUGCUGCCAAGGCCCAGGCGCUCAAGGGCUCUGGCUACCGUAUAAUCUCUCUCAGCUCUUACGGAACUCCUCCUGACAACAAGUAUGCCGCAGUUUGGGUCAAGCGGGAGGGCAGCGACCAAGUAACGAUUUCUGGCGCGGAUCUAGAUGGCUACCGAACUUGGAUGGACUCAUGGAAAUCCAAAGGCUAUGUUCCAACGCAUGUCUCCGCUGCGGGGCCGGCUGCUGGUGCCGUCUUCGCUGCCGUCAUGGAGAGGACAAAUGUUGGGAAAUGGAGCCAACAAUGUGGUAUUACGAAACCAGGAGAUUUUCACUCUGCAACCAACACAAGUGGCGUCGUUAAGGACUACAGCACCUACGGCACCCCUAAUGAUCGUCGCUACUGCCUAAUUGUCCACGAGAACAUUGGCAACGCAAUGGAAACGAUCUUCUACGACACCCCUGGGCCCAAGGAGUUCGCUGCAAUCUACGACUCUGAACUCACAAAGACCUUUUGGCGACCGAAACGUCUCUUCGUCGCCGAUGAUCAACGAAUCACACCCCAAUUUGCUAGCGACUGGGUUGGUGAGUGGGAGGCAAAAACUGACCUCACCGCGGAACAACUGGACGCCGAACUCAAGUCGCAGGAGCCCCAAAAUCGCCUCUAUCCGAUUCACAUCGACGGCGCCGGCACUGGACAGGACACUCGGUUUUCUGUCAUCUUCGCUGAGACUGACAUCCCUGAGGCCCGCAAGUGGACGGUGACCGGCAAAGACGGCGACCCAGCCAUGACUGCGAAACUCGAUACCAUUAUGGAAACAUGGAUGAAAAAGAACGGUGUGCGUCAGGCCCAAGUCGCGGGCGCCGAAGAGGGUGAUAUCGUCUUUGAGCGCGGUUAUACGUGGGCAGAGAGCAACCGAGCUCCUGUCCAACCGGAUGACGUUUUCCUUCUGGCUAGUCUGAGUAAGAUGUUUGUCCAUGCUGCCAUUGACAAUCUGAUUCAGGCUGGAAAGCUCAAGCUUUCCACACGCGUCUACGACCUCCUUGGCUACAAGCAAGCUAAGGAUCCGCGGUCUCUCACUACAACAAUCGACCAUCUCCUUACGCAUAAGACAGGAUUUGAUCGUUCAAAGUCGGGUGAUCCUGGAUUCGAGUUUCGGAAGGCCUCUCAAUACUUUUACAACAACGCGCGUCCCGCCACAUUGCGGGACAUGAUUGAAUAUCAGCUCACGAAAACUCUCGAUUCCAAACCUGGUUCGAAGUAUGUAUAUGCAAACUACGGCUCAAUGCUCCUGGGCUACGUCGUGAGCAACAUUACUCAACAGCCAUAUUUUGACUUCUUAAAGGAGAAUAUCCUGGAAGGUCUGGAUGUUCGUGUCUUCGAGACAGCCGCUAGCAAGCACGCUGUCGAUCGCAUCAUCCAAGACACCCGCUUGACUGGCCUCGACGGCUCGCAGCCGGACUCCACCGCGAAUGUGUCCAUGGUUUUCGGGGGCGACGGGGCUAUCAAAGAGGAGUGCGAUGCCGCAUUUUCGCUCGCCGCUAGCGCGAGCACCAUUGCAAAGUUCAUCAGCAAGCACGCCGUCUGGGGUACUGGUGGACGUACUGUUGGCAAGCGUCAAGGCACGCUCGCGGGAGCACGAUCUUUUGCCGCAUCAGAGAAGUCGGGCCUCGACUGGGUCAUCACCAUCAACACGCGCGACUUCAUCAAUGCUGGUGAGGUUGAUAACUUGCGAUUUAAACUCUUGGAGCCCCUUGGUUGA